GUGUCCUAUUGGCUGCAGGUUUUCACCGAGCCUGUUCUUUUGGGCAAUCAACAUUGGAACAGAAGGAGCACUUGUAGUAGCCCUAUUUUUUUCCCCAAAGCGAUUUACUGAAGACCUCAACGAUGAAAUUCGUGAGAUUUAUAAUGAAAAAUGCUACAUUGGCCAAUGUGCCUAAACAUAUAGAACAUUUUGCAAAAUUUUCGCCGUCACCACUCUCUAUGAAACAAUUUCUCGAUUUUGGUUCCACCAAUGCAUGCGAGACGACAUCAUUUGUCUUUUUGAGACAAGAGCUACCUGUGCGACUAUCUAACAUCAUGAAGGAGAUCAAUUUGCUACCUGACCGAUUGCUUACAACCCCAUCCGUGCAGAUGGUGCAGAGCUGGUAUGUCCAGAGCUUGAUGGAAAUCCUGGCGUUCUUGGACAAGACUCCUGACAGCCACAGUGUCCUGGAUGAUCACCUUUUAUCCUCUAGGUUUGUGGACACCCUGGUGAAUAUCAGGAACAGGCACAAUGAAGUAGUGCCCACCAUGGCACAGGGCGUCAUUGAGUACAAGUCGGUGUUCGGCCAGGACCCAGUCACCAACCAAAACAUUCAGUACUUCCUGGACCGUUUCUACAUGAGCCGUAUAUCUAUCCGCAUGCUUAUUAACCAGCACACUCUUGUCUUUGAUGGAGCAACGAAUCCACUUCACCCCAACACAAUAGGGAGCAUCGACCCUCACUGUGAUGUCACAGAGGUGGUCAGAGAUGCUUACCGGAGCGCCAAGUUGGUGUGUGAUCAGUACUAUCUGAGCUCGCCAGACCUGAUGCUGCAAGAAAUUAAUGUCAACAACCGGAAACAACCUAUAAGCAUUGUCUAUGUGCCCUCCCAUCUCUACCACAUGUUGUUUGAGCUUUUCAAGAAUGCUAUGAGGGCCACAAUUGACAACCAUGAAUCCAGCAACAGGCUACCACCCAUUCAAGUCAUGGUGGCCAUUGGAGGAGAGGACCUGUCAAUCAAGGUGAGUGACAGGGGUGGCGGAGUCCCUUUCAGGAAGAUUGAGAAUCUUUUCAGCUACAUGUACUCUACGGCCCCCACGCCAGAGAGGGGUGAGCACUCUCAGACCCCAUUGGCUGGCUUUGGCUACGGCCUGCCCAUCUCCCGGCUCUACGCUCAGUACUUCCAGGGAGACCUGCAGCUCUACUCUAUGGAGGGUUACGGCACUGAUGCUGUCAUCCACAUGAAGGCCUUGUCCACAGACUCUGUGGAGAGGCUCCCGGUGUACAACAAGACAGCUCUGCGGAAUUACAAGGUUAGCCAGGAGGCAGACGACUGGUGUGUGCCCAGCAGAGAACCCCUGGACCUGACCAUUUACAGGGUAGCCAAAUGAGGAUAAUGUCGACGCCACCCUGGUUAGAUUGAGGCUCUGUAUGCCAACAGCCAAGGCAGACAGCCACCUAACCCCGCCCACAUGACUGGAUGUUGUUUUCCAUCCUGGUUUUGGCAUUGGCAUGUUUUCUUGUUCUCACAAUGAUGCCUUUCAUGGUUUUAUUUUAGCUUAGAUUCUAAAAACAUAAUCUUUGUUCACCUCCAUGAGGGUUUUUAUGGGAGUGCCAGAUGUUGAUAAUAAAAUAAAAAAAGUUGUCACUAAUUAUUCUCCCAAACAUUUAAUGGGCAUACAAACAUGGUUGCUUUACCCAUGAAAUGUUUGGGAGCAUAAGAAUGUGUGGCUUUCUUUUUCUAGUUUACUCUCUGUUAGUCAGCACUUCUAUUAAAAAAACAUUUCUGGGUGUGUCAGUUUAUGCCUUUUACUAUCGCUCGAUUGUUGAUGAAAUAAACAUGGGAGUGUGUGCAGGGUAGUGAGGUCCCAAUGUCAUACUUAAUUUUGGGGGGAGAGAUGUGGCAGGGUGGGUCUGAAGACCCAGAUACUGUGCCCAGUAUGUUGUUGAGAUGGUGUAGCGUGGGCGAGUGAGAAUAUGUAACACCAGUUCAGUAUGUUAUGGAACGUUCAGGUAGAAACGUUGUGUAGAGCAGCCAAGCCUUUCUAUCAUGUCGACUAGGGAAUCACGGCAUCUCUUUUACAUAACAUUUUCUAUCUGCAACAUUCAGAAUGUUGCGUCCUUCUGAACUGGACCCAGGUUGAAAAGACAAUCCGAUGUGUUGGUUGAACUCUCUGAGAGGAUCUUUAUGUACUGUAAACGGAAGUGAGCUGGAGCUGUUGAGGUGUUGUAGAACUCCUUAGAUGAACCAGUACUGUAGAAUAACUGAAUGUCCUGGCGGGCAUUAGACCUCCCUUGCUCUAAAUCGCUGACUGUCACAAAAUGCCACCUCAGCCUUAACUGCGUCAGUCAAGUUUUCUUUACUUGAAACAUGUACAUUAUUAACAAUGUAGUAUUCAAUCUAUGAGAAGGCUGCUAAUGACUUACUUAUUUACUUAUUUGAUUCUAAAAUAAUAUUACGUACUGUUCUACCAUGUCUUGAUGCCUUCAUGAGUAUUGGUCCUGAUGUCUAUAUAUUGAUUUCAUCAUUUCAAGUAAAUUUUCUCUUGCCAGUUCAAUGGACAGGAUUCAACUAACAAAAAUGAGUUGGUCUGUUCAGUGUUGUGACUUUCUGUAUUCCUGCGAACUCAAGCUCUAGAGCAAUACAUUGUGGAAACAAUUUUACCCAAGUUCAUUUGCAGUAAGACAGUGAUAUACUUUGUGAUAGGAAGCCAGUGUUCAUCUUUUACGCACCGGCGUUCUAUUGCCCGUGGCAAAGCUCAUCAGAAGCUAGUUAAAACACAUCCCAAAGGGCAAAGCACAUCGUUCUUAUUUUCUGUGACCCUUAAGGCUAGGCUAGGCCAGUCACACAGGAAUAUUUGAUGCUGUGUAUGUGAUGGGAAGAUGCUCCCAGCCUAUCCGCUUUUAUCAAUUCCCUUUUAUUUUGUAAUAAACUCUAUACAUUUCUUCA